AUGCUUGAGAUUCUCGUGACCUUCCUGAUAUUCUGUCUCAGCCGCAUCCGCGGCCUGUGGUAUCUGGCCCGGGGACCAGAAAUCAUUGACAAGGCGUACAUUGCAGCAGAGGGGAAGCCCUUUCAGAUAUCUACUCCCUCGAAUGAUCACUUGUUGGUUACGUCGAACGAGCAUAUCGCGGAGCUAGUCAACGCGCCGCUUCAAAACCUGUCACUACAUGCUGUAGCUAAAGAGAUUUUACAACCAAAACACACCAUGUUUGGCUUUGAGUGGCAGGACCAACGAGGCGUCGAAGGGACCGGCUUUGUCCGUGCUUUGCGAAGUAGGCUUACGGCUCAUCUGCCUAUCCUAAUGCCUGAGUUACAGAGGACCGUUGAGACUGCCAUUGCAGACGAGCUUGUUGCACCUGGAAGCGACGGAUUCGUGCGGUGCAGGUUGUUCUCUAUGAUCAAGCGAACGGUCACCAAGGUCAACUGCUUUGCCUUCUUCGGGGAGGAACUUGCGCAGAAUUCCGAGUUCACCGCGGCUGCGUUGGAAUUCCCGCAGAGCGUCAUCCUAGCCGCUGAAAUUUUGCGUAUCACUCCGGGUUUCCUCCGACGAUCCGUUGCGAACCUAGUGACGCGACAACACUACGCCGUUAGGACACUAUUCCGCUAUUUGGAGCCCGUUGUGGGGAAGCGGUUAGCAACGAGGGCCAACUGGACCAGCUCUAUGCAAGAGGAUGCUCCGAUGGAUUGCAUGCAGUGGCUGAUUGACACGUCGCCACGGAAAAUACAAUGGACCACGACCAGGAUGGUUGGUGAGAUUAUCGCCGUCUGGUUUGGCUCGGUCCACCAGCUGGCAAUGACCACCACAUACGCCAUCGAAGAUCUUUGUCUGCAUAGCGACUAUGUUGAGCCGCUUCGAGCGGAGAUCCAACAAUAUCUCGCGGGUUCGUGCAGGAGGAGGGUGGCUGAGAUGCCGCUCCUCGACAGUUUUGUGAGGGAAUCGAUUCGCUGCACUAAUUCGGAUGCAAUUACCGUCCGACGGAAAGCGCUGACACCAUUCGUGUUCUCGGAUGGACUCGAAGUCGCAGAGGGUGAUUGGGUAUGUAUCCCGCAACGAGCGAUGAUGCGCGAUCGGAUCAGAUACCAGAAUCCGCAAGCAUUCGAUGGGUUUCGAUUCGCCAGAGCAAACAAGCAACUACGCGCGGGAGAUGUGUCUCUGGACGUACCCGAGAAUAGCCCUCUGACGAUGACAGAUGUUAGCGUGGACUGGCCAAUUUGGGGGCUGGGAAACACGGCCUGUCCCGGCAGGUUUUACGCCGCAACAAUCCUUAAGUUGAUUAUGGUGACUAUUCUCGAGAAAUGGGAGUGUCGGUUGGAAGAUCCCGGUAGCCAACGGUGGAGGACGUGGCGGUCAAGCAUAGUACCCCGCGAAGGGACGGUUGUACUGUUCAGGAGAAAAGAAGAAGCGUUGACUGGAUGA